AUGUGGUACCGUUUCCUACUAGUCAUUAUUAUUUUUGUGACUGUCGCUGGCAAUAUUUUAGUUUGCUUGGCUAUAGCACGAGAACGAAAGUUACAAAAUACAACUAAUUAUUUUCUUAUGUCACUAGCUAUUGCAGAUUGUCUUGUUGCUCUACUUGUCAUGCCCAUGGGGAUGGUUGCAGAAGUUUUAGGCCAUUUUCCAUUACCACACUAUGCUUGUAUAAUAUUCGCUACAAUGGAUGUAUUAUGUUGCACAUCAUCAAUAUGGCACAUGAGUACCAUGUCCAUGGAUCGCUAUUUCACAAUCCGUUUCCCAUUUCGUUAUGGCAGAAAUAAAACUCGUCGUAUUAUGCUACUUAAAAUAAUUGCUGUUUGGACCAUUAGUGCAGCAAUAUCAUCUCCAGUAUUCGUUUUAGGUAUUGUUGAUAAACAAAAUGUUUUAUCCAAUGGUGUAUGUGCACCCAAUAAUGAAUCAUUCAAGUUAUAUGGUUCUGUUUUUGCUUUUUAUAUUCCAUUUAUAAUUAUGAUAACAACAUAUGCGUUAACAAUGCGUUCAUUACGAAAUGUUUUAGUAAAUAAAAGAAAAUUUAACCGUGAAAAACGACGAAAACAAACAUUUCAACCGUUUCUACAAAUUAUUAAUCAAUAUGCUGAGAUAGCUCGCAAUAUUCGACAUAGAUCAGCAACAGAUAUUCAAACAACAACAACAACAACAACAACAACAAACAAUGAUAAUAAUAAUAAUAAUAAUAAUAAUAAUAAUAAUAAUAAUAAUAAUAAUCACAGUAACAAUUCUCAUUUAAAUAGCACAUAUUGCUCACUAAUAUCAACUGGAUCGUCAAAAGAUUUACGGACACAAAGUUUUUUUUUAAAUAGUUCCGAUAUAAGUAGGAAAUUAGUUUCUAACAAUAUUCAAUAUGGUACAGUGAGCAUGACAAAUAGAACAAAUAUAAAUAAUGAAUUUAUUCAUCGUAUCAAUCAACACUUAACUAUUGAUUAUACUAAGAGAAAUACAAAUAAAAAAAGAUAUGAGUAUCAACAACAACAAGAGCAACAAAAACAACAACAAGAUCAAAAAUCAGUGAUAGUGACUACAGGUAUAAAUCGUAUAAAAUAUGAUCCUGACAUGAGUACUGUGUUUGAAAUAACUGAAUAUUCAAAACCAACACCUAAUUCGUAUGAUGUUACAUCAACUAUUGAUAUUAGUACGCAUCAACAAUCGACACUUAGUAACGAACAAAAGCAACAACAAGUAUUAAACAUUGUAGAUAAUCAAAAAGAACAACAAAUGUCAAAUAUAGUAACAACAACACCAACUAUCCACGCGAUGUCACCACGUGAAGUAGAUAUCUAUUCAACGACAGAUAUGGAAAAUGGAACUGAAACAACUGAAAUCAAUUCCCAAGCAAAAGUUUCUUCAACAUCAUGUACUCCUUCUACUUUAUUUAUUCCUAUUCAAACAAUAUCCUUCACGAUUCCAUGGCAAUAUUGUUUUUCUAUGAUUCAAUAUGUUCUUCAAUAUUAUAUAUUUAUCUAUCCUUAUCGAUUACGUCCAUUAGCCAUUGAGUAUGAAAUAAAUAAGAAAGAACUCUAUGAAAAAUCAUUUCAAUUACAUCAAUCAACAUCAACAUCAUCAAUAAAUUCAAAUGUAACAAAAACCUCUCAAGCAGUUUCAACACAAACAAAUUCUUUUCCACCAUUCGAUAUAACUAGUACGCACGAAACUAAUACUAACGAUACGCAUCCAUAUAAUUCCAUUAAGCAACCUAAAUUUUCAUUUAAUCGACCAAUAUCAUCUUCAUCAUCUUUCUUCACAAGAUUUUUACGUCAAACACCAACCACAUUACCAGAUUCACAUGAAAAAUCAUCAGCAUCAUUAGAUCAACAUUCGCUUAGAACAUCAUCGCCAUUAGAUCCAACACAUCAACAGGAUCUAUAUCAUCAUCAGCAACAUUCUUCUAGUGCUUUUCGUCCAAUUGAAUGUGAAACGUAUCCUAUUUUAGAGAACGAUCAUCGUCCUCGUGCAGCGUCAUCAUCGUCUGCUCAAGUGCGUACACCAAAUCAACGAGCAAAUCAUGGAUCGCUGCGUUGUCAUAGACCAUUAAAACGUGGACAACCGUUUCAAUAUCGUUCAGCUUACUUUCUUACAUAUUCAAAUUCUCAUGGUUUACGACGACAACAACAACCGUUUAGUUCAACAACAAAUACGAAUUCAUCCGAUUCAUUGUCAGUUUUUCAUCGAUUAAAUUCAAAAUAUUUUUCAGCAAUAUCAAAUCAACAACAACAACAUCGAAAUUAUUCACAACGUAUACGCGAUGAGCAUAUAGUUGCUGCCAAUGAACGCAAAGCUUUAAGAGUUUUGCUUAUUAUAUUUUGUGUGUUUGUUACUUUAUGGACACCAUUUUUUAUUUGUACAUUUAUAUCAGCUGUAUGUGAAGAAUGUAGUGAACGUAUAACAUCAACUAUGUGGUUUUCAAUAACAUGGCUGGGUUAUAGUUCAUCCAUGGCAAAUCCAUUUAUUUAUACAAUAUUUAGUGAUGUUUUCCGACGGGCAUUUACAAAUAUUCUUUUCUGUCGACCACGUGAUUCAUUAUUUCAAAGACAAUUUUCAACUAAAUUGCCAUAUAAACAAAAUACUAUUGCUCAUCCAUCUAUUCAUAGACAAUUAUCACAUAGACGAAGUCCUAAUCAUGAAUAUUCAAGGACAUCAACACCAAUAUCAUUACAUCAUCAAACAUCUUUUGGUGGAAGUGAUGCAACCAUAUAUAUUAAUCGAUGUAUUUCAGAUACAUUUCGAUAG